AUGGAAAUAAUAAAUUCUAAUAAAAAUAAUAAUAAAUUAUGUUAUGAGGGUUAUAUGUACGUUCGAAAACAUACAGGUAAAAGUCGUAUUGCGUGGCGUUGCAGUAAAGCAACCAUGCUCAAAUGUCCAGGUACCAUUUAUACAAAUAUUGAGAAAUCAAAAAUUCUUGAAAUUGAAACAUCUCAUAUUAUAACACAUAGACCAAAUACUAACGAAGUUAAGGUUAGCAAGUGUUACAAUGAAAUGAAAAUUCAAGCCAAAACCACUAAAACUAAUCCAGCGCACAUUUUUGGAGAGUGUGUUGCAAAAUUAGAUGACAAAAGUCAGAUGCCACCUGAAAAAAUAGUCAAGCGUACACUGCGAAACCAAAGGACAAAAAAUAACCCCUUAGACUCUGAUGAAAUAGUAGGUAAGUCAUUAAAAAAAUAUGAUUAA